CGGUUCAAAUUUUGAUCCAGGAAAACUUAAGAUUUUCGGUGAUAAUUCUGCAUAUUAAUAUCUAAACCGGAAUAGAUUUAAAGUGAAUCAAGUGCGACUGCCAAUUAGGCGGUUACAGGGUGGGUGUUGGACAGGGACGCGCGUUUUCUGUUUUGUUUUUUUGAACAAGAGCGCAACGGACAUGACAGUUUAACGACGCGAAGUUUUGAAAGUUGUUUUCGUUGGUUGAGGAUUGUUUUGUUGAUUCUCGGAUAAUGUGAUAUGAUUUUGAUUCAGUGUUGAGAGGAGUUUGAAAGCUUUAAACAUGCCUAGGAUAAGGAAACGACUGAAAAGUGAUGACGGCCCGCGGGCACCCCCUAAACCUACACCUGCUGCGCCUGAGGCAAUCGCCUUGGGGCCAACCGUUCCGGAGCUGUCGAUAGUGGUCUCAGCAGAUCCUGCUUCAGGAUUUUAUGUCCUUCAGCCAACCGCGGUUCAGAUCGGUGGCUGUUCCGGGACUUCUUCUGGCGGGACGGGGCAUCCAACAGGGACUAUACCGAAGAAAAUGAAGAAACCUUCUGUGUCGGAAGAAGCCAAAUGUCCGGAAAGUUCUUCUGCUGGUGAUCCUCCUGAUCUUGAUUUGCUGAAGCAGUUUGGACACAUUGUACACAACGACCCCAAUGCGUCGUUUAUUAUUUUUGAUGCGGCACCUAUGAGGGAACGUGCAGAACAACUCGAAGCAUCCAAGUCCUUGUUGAAGAUGUCACAGGGUACAAUGGCGUCAUUUGCUGAGAUAAAGGCGCCGCCACUGCCGACAGUUGGCCAGCCGCCAUCUAAGCAUCCAAGUGUACCUGAAGUGUCGGUGGUUUUCGAUAGUAACAAUAAUGAGUCUUUGGUUCCGGCAAAACCGCGCAUUUAUCCCGAAAGUAUAAACGAGAGUGUGAAUCAGCUGAAGGCGCAAAUUGAGCAACGUUUUCAGGAGAUGGCUGAAUGUCCAUCGGAAUUACCAAAAAACAAUAAAAGUGUGAGAGUGGUUAUUAAACGCAAUCGUGGUGUUCAAGCUACCCCUAAUGUACGUGAUAAAUAUACUCAAGUUCAGGUUGAACGACGGCCACCAUUGAAGACUCGUGCGGGUAAGAUAUCUUCCAAUGAUUUCAAACAAUCAUCAUCUUCACAAAAUUGCCAAGAACCUGUGGAUCCGCUUAACGAUCCCACAGAAAGACGGUUAACUCGCGAAAUGGUGCUAAAAGCGCUCGAUGAAUUGAACUGCAUAUUUGCAAUGCCACGACCUGCCACAUACAAUUCCGAUGAGGAAACCAGUAGCAUUUCUGAUAUGUCCAUUGAUUCCGCGGUAACAAAGGAAUUUCCAGAUAUCGGAACGGCUGACAAAGUUGAACACAAGACUGAGGGGGUAAAUCAUCCAAUUCCGGCGAAAGAUCGAAGUCUGGCAAUGAAAGAAUUGGCUGCGAAAUAUCUACCAAAGUGGAAGCAAAAGCUACUCUUUCAGGAUGAGCUCCCAUUGUACGAUCCAACAAAACCUGGGUGUUCUACCCAGGCCCAACAAAAUGUGUUCAAAACUGAUACGAAAGGUCUAAUUGAUCAGAUAAAAUCGAUGAAAAUCAAUCAACCAAGUGAUGAUGAUAGUUCUGAUCAUUACGAUUCAAUUCGUACUCAGAUUUUUACGUCCUCCGCGGCUGCAGGUGUUCAAAGUCCAUUGGACAAAUGUGAGGAUACCACAGACAAUGAACAGCCAAAUGUGAGGCUUUUUCAUAAGACUGUUGUUGAUCGGGCGGAUCUUGAGAAAAUUUGUGAUAUUCCAAUGGCAUUAUGUCGUGAGGAAAAGGAGCUACUGAAAGCAUAUCGAGAAAAAAAGACUAUUUUUGUACUUAAGUAAGGAAGGGGUGGGAUUAGUAGCUCGCGGCCGUCUUCCUGCUUUCCUAUGAGACUUGAUUUUUCCUUAGUUUCCUGAUUUCCCAUGAGACUUGAUUUUUCCUUAGUUUCCUGAUCUCCCAUGAGACUUGAUUUUUCCUUAGUUUCCUGAUUUCCCUUAGUUACUUGAUUUCUCCUUUAGUUGGAAGUUAGGGGAGUUUAUUGCAAUUCGUUUGUUUCUAAUUCGUUUCUUUGUGUUCCUUUUUUUUCCAACUUGUUAAUGUUCCCAAUGGCAGUGGAUCCCGAACGGUCUACUCCUUUGAAUUAUUCUGUUUAAUUUGAGAUCCUGCAUUUCUUUUAAUGUAGCAAUUGUGAUAAUAAAAAUACAUAUACAUAUUUAUAUAUAUUUUUCUAGGCUAGCAAAUUGAAAUAGUGUGAAUAAGCUGCCAAGCUUUCUCAAAAGAAAACUUGUUACUAAAUUGUAAAGUUAUAAAUUUGGUAUUUAUCAAAAUUCUUUUAUGGAUUUAAUACAAAUUUAACAUCCAUUUUUAUUGAAUUGACUGUGGUUUAAUGGACCAUUGAAUUGUGUCCUAAUUGUCUCUAAUGAUUCGUAAAUUUUCGUCUUGGUCAUAAUUUUUUUCAUCUUUGUUAAUUGAAUUUCUAAAUUUCGAGUAAUAAAAUUUGGCUCAAAA